UAAAGAUGAAAUAUAUGUAUUUAUCAUCAGAACACAAAUUUUAUGCUUUACUGAACUAGUGUGUUCUCUAAACUACAAAUUUUGCCAAUAGCUGUUAGUCAGAAUCAUUUAUUAUAAUGAAAUUAUCAAAUUGAUAUUAAAGUAUUAAAAUUGUAAUACAAUUUAUUAUUCGAGAGGUAUGUAGAAUUAAAUUUGAUUUCAAGUUGGCUCCGAAAGUUGCCACUGGUUGAAGUUAACACUACAGUCUUGUCCUAAAAUUCAAUUUUCUUUUACAAAUUAAUUGAGGAAAGUCGUUUGCUCAAAUAAUUGUAUUGAAAACUAAGAUCUUGAACAAUAUUAUGUUUGCAAGUGCCUCUGCAAUGGCAAGCAACAUACACAGCUCUAUGUUGAAAACCUUUUUUAACUGUAUUCUCAGCUUUGGAGAGAGAGCGAAAGAGAAUUCAAGAACAAAACUUCAAAUUAAUUAAAUUUACUGAGAAGCAAAAUUGAAAAUUUAUUUCAAAUAAUUACCAUUAUAAAUACUUAAUAAAAAAUUAAAUUGAUUCAAACGGGGAAAUUUAUAUUUAUUAUUUUUUUACAAAAUUUUAAGAAUGUGAUCUCUAAGAUAAUAUAUUAUCCAAAUAGUAUUGAAGAAAGAGUCCUUUUAAUAUUAAUUUUGAACAAGUGGAAACCAGAAUGAAGCAGAGAUUAUUGAUUUUUACAGGUUUUAUUAUCUGGCGUUGAUGAAAGAAAUCUUAUCUUUUUGGGCGAUUAAGUAGAUAAAAUCAAAUGAACUGUUUCAAUACACUUUGCUGUCAUAUUUUUCACAAGUUGUUUGCAGGAUUUUUCCCCGUAAAAUAAGAAAAAUGGCUGCUGAAGAGAAUUUGGAGAAGUUUGAGAUUUUGUUUGAGGAACCGCGCGCCGUUUUCUACGCGGGACAAAAAGUGACCGGACGGGUUUUUGUGCGCAACAAUUUGACCAAGAAAUUCAAAGGGAUCAAGGUGACGUUCGAGGGUGUCGCGCACGCCGAGUGGAGCGGGUCGCGAGCUUUGCAGGAGGGCGAACAAGUGGGUCCGUCCUUGAAGGAGCAACGGCCGCAGCUGGCCCAGGCCGCGCGUCAGCAGCGCCUUGGCUUGGACAAGAACCACAGACAACCUGCGGAGGAAACCUGGCAGGGUCCAGACACCGUCAGGGUCGCCAUCUCCAACGACGAGCGAUACUUCCAAACCGAAUUCUACUUGGUUGGCUCCAAAGCAGAAGACGGCGCGGAAAAAAUCUGCGUUGACGCCGGUGAGCUGAGCUACCCUUUUGAGUUUUCGCUUCCAAAGAGGAUUCCGUCGUCCUUCGAAGGGUCGUUCGGCCACGUGCGCUACACCGUCAGGGCCGUGAUGGAGCGACCCUGGGCCUCCGACCUGCACACCCAGGCACCCUUCACGGUCGUCUGCCCCCUCGACCUCAACGCCAACCCCUCUCUUGCUGAGCCGGUUCAGGUGGCCAAAGUGAAAAAGUUCUGCAGCAUUUGGUGCGCGUCAGGUCCUGUCAACGUGACCUUCACCCUGGCCUCAGGUGGCGCCGUCCCUGGCGAAUUUCUCCUCCCCUCGCUCGACGUCGAGAACAACUCCAAGCUCCACCUGCACCUCAUCAAACUGAAAUUUUCCCAGAUCGUGACGUACAAGGACAGAACAGGCAGCGAGACACUGAGACACGAAACGAUUCUCGCCGAACAAAACGUGGGAAAAGUGGACUCGGGCGACUCGCGCCUCUUCGACCGCCUCCACUUCUACGUGCCCCCGCUGCCCCCCUCCAACACCACCCACUGCACCUUCAUCGACGUCCAGUACUACUUGAAAGCGAAUUUCUACCCCUCGGCGUGCUACCCCGCGUUCAGCGCGAAACUGGCCGUGGUGCUGGGAACGAUCCCUUUGCACAAAAAUUUUGGCCGGUGCCACCCUUGCGAGGAAACGCCGCCCGUCGGAUGGAACUUGAACGCCCUUGAUCAAAAUUCCUCCCUCUACGCACAUCUGCCUCCCCCGAGUUACGAACAAGUUGAAAAAGAUGAGGACGUUUUCACGCCCAAAUAUCCGGUUCACAAACAAACUCUGCGAUUUGAAGAGCCCAAAGCAUGAAGUCUUUUUUUAAAUUUUAUUUCGAGCAAUAUUGAAUUGUGGUUUUAAUUAAAAAGAUAUUUCUCUCAUACAUUUCUUAAUAUAAUUAAUAGAAAAGACAAAGGAGAUAAUAAAGAAUU